UGAGAUAUUAUGGACUGCAACCUGCUGAUCCCUUCCUCACUCUGAGGCUCAACCUGUAGGAGCGAGAGCGCCGCUCAGACGUUUCUUUGAUUAAUACCGGGAGUAAAUGUGUCUGUUGGAGGAGAAUGGCUUCUAUUAGUGGCGCAGCGCUGUGUGCAGAAGGCUUUCCACAGUCUGAAGAGUAGCGGAGCGCUCAGAAUAAACUCUCACAUGGUGCACUUUAUCCUGGAGCAGCAAAGAGCGCUGCUGGGAGCAGAAAUGAAAGCAGGAGCGAUACUAUUAUGCGCGUUUUCCUUUACUGAGUAUUUCAAAUGGCUUGAUACGGGGCUUCUGCUCUGCUUUUGAUCAAUACUUUCCACUGAUAGCUGCGUCCUCGGGUGGACUUUGGUUACCAUUACGCGCAAUUUGCGUUCGGAUAGGCGAGAGAAACUCCAAGCCAGGCACGAUCGGGACUCUGGAGAGCUCAGCGGGGUGAACACCAUGACCAGCUGCCUGCUCGCCUUGGUCGGAGUGUGGUGGAGCGCUUACUACUGCACCUAUGCGGCGGCGGGGAGUCAUUUCUCACUGGAGGGCAACAGCGACAGCCAGCCGGGCUUCGUCCACCGGCGGCUGCGGACGCACGAAAGGAGAGAGAUGCAGAAGGAGAUCCUGUCCGUCCUGGGGCUGCCGCACAGACCGCGGCCGCAUCUGUCCAACGGGAAGUACAACUCCGCUCCGCUCUUCAUGCUGGACCUGUAUAAAACUAUUUCAAGCGAGGAGAAAAGCCAAGUGGAAGGAGCGCUGGAGAGAUAUCAGUCCAUAGCGGCGACCCAGAUCCCUCCUCUGGCCACACACCAAGAAACAGCCUUUCUGAAUGAUGCGGAUAUGGUGAUGAGUUUCGUUAAUUUAGUGGAGCACGACAGGGAGCUCUCCCUGGACCGGCGUCACCACAAGGAGUUUAAGUUCAACCUGUCACAGAUCCCAGAGGGCGAGGCCAUCACUGCAGCAGAGUUUCGACUUUACAAGGAGUGCGUGAGCCAGGUGUUUCGCAACGAGACCUUCCUGCUCAAAGUCUACCAAGUGGUCAAGGAGCACCCUGACAGGGAGGCAGACCUGUUCCUUCUUGAGUCUCGCAGGCUUUGGGCUGCUGAGGAGGGAUGGUUGGAGUUUGACAUCACAGCGACCAGCAACCUCUGGGUGAUGAGUCCGAUGCAUAACCUGGGCCUGCAGGUCAGCGUAGAGACCAGCAGCGGGCAGACCAUCAGCUGUACAGACGCGGGGCUCGUAGGGCGGGACGGUGCACUGGAGAAGCAACCAUUCAUGGUGGCCUUCUUCAAGGUCAGCGAGGUGCACAUCCGCUCAACCCGUUCUACUGGGGGCAAACGGCGGCACCAGAACCGCAACCGAUCCACACAGCCGCAGGAUGGAUCCAGAGGGCCGGGCCUAACAGACUACAACAGCAGCAAUCAGAAGACGGCGUGCAAAAGACAUGAGCUGUAUGUUAGCUUCAGGGAGCUGGGCUGGCAGGACUGGAUUAUCGCCCCUGAAGGCUACGCCGCCAACUAUUGUGAUGGAGAGUGUUCUUUCCCUCUGAACGGCCACAUGAAUGCCACCAACCACGCCAUCGUGCAAACGCUGGUGCACCUGAUGAACCCUGAGAAUGUACCGAAGCCGUGCUGUGCCCCCACCAAACUCAAUGCCAUCUCAGUGCUCUUCUUUGAUGACAACUCCAAUGUCAUCCUGAAAAAGUACAAAAACAUGGUGGUACGCGCCUGUGGCUGCCACUGACACCAAGCACCAGGGAGGACUGGGCCAGGCUCAUCUCAGCCGGACAUCUUUUCUCAGAUAACGGGACACAUUUCAAUAAAAAACUGCUUCGAAGAAAAACAUCCGCCCAUCUGUUGUGGGACCAGUCAUACUGCUGCUUUCCUCCCCAUCUCCUCUUUGAUUGAAAACAUGGUGGAUGACGUCUGAGGAGACAGACUAAAGAUCAGUUUCCUUGCUCAGCUGAUAUAGAACCUGUAAUAUCCAGAUGGGAAUAAACGAGGCCAGUGGUAACUUCACAGCAAAUGUAAACUGAUGCAUCAGUCAGUGCAUUCGUAUUUAUCCUCUUUCCUACUGUAUUUUCCUCUCAAGCCAUAUUUACUUUCCCAAAAAUAUAAUUUGGACUCGACCAAAGUGACCGCAUUCUGUUUUAGCAGCAGACUCCUCCAAAUAAUGCUCUCUGAGUCAAUAUUUGCCAAGCUAAGGCUGAGAUGCAGCUUCACAUGAUGCACAUUGAGGCCAAACUCUUGUUUUACUACAAAAAGGAGCGAAAUUCAGCCCUUUUACCCUCCUACAUGCCACAAACGGACAUUUGUUUUUCUACAUUUGCAAAGCUCACAAACACAUCUAACCCAGACAAGAGAUUGUGGAAAAACAUUUACAGAGACUAAAACAGCCACUUCUUCUCUUCUGUAAACCCUAGAGCGACAUUAUGCUCAGAUUUAGCCGCAGCGUCUUCCCAUCUGAGCAUGUUACUGUGAGCCUUAAUCAAGUAUUUAAGAGAACAUAUUUGAACCAAAAAUAAUGUAUCCAAACCAAUCACAGUACCUUUUGUGCCUAACCGAACUUAAAUAUUAUAUACCUCUGGAAAGCUGCUGUUUACAUUUGUGAUCAUUUUCAGACUGUUUUUGUAAAUACGUGUACAUUUUCAGCUUAUUUAUUGCACCUUUUACUGAAAAAAAUACCACAUUAAAGCCAGAAAUAAAAAAUAAAAAUACAAACUGA